AUGUACAACUGGUGUACACUUCGUCCUGCCAGGUACUUUCCAUUUGGCAUCGUUUUCCUGGUGGCUGGUAAAAUCCUGGAGAUGAGUGAUCCCUCUGCAAUGGGAAAGAAGCUGGGUUUUUAUGCCAUCACCGUGGUGUUUGGUUUGGUGUUGCACGGCUUGUUCAUCCUGCCUGCCAUGUACUUCUUCAUCACCAAAAAGAGUCCCAUCGUUUACAUCCGGGGAAUCCUGCAAGCCUUGCUUAUAGCCCUGGCCACUUCCUCCAGCUCUGCCACUUUGCCUAUAACCUUCAAGUGCCUCUUAGAGAACAAUCACAUUGACCGGCGCAUCAUCCGAUUUGUGCUCCCAGUGGGCGCCACCAUCAACAUGGACGGCACUGCCCUUUAUGAAGCUGUGGCGGCCAUCUUCAUUGCACAAGUUAAUAAUUAUGAGCUGGAUUUUGGCCAGAUCAUCACUAUCAGCAUCACAGCGACGGCAGCAAGCAUCGGCGCAGCAGGGAUACCACAAGCUGGACUGGUCACCAUGGUAAUUGUGUUGACAUCUGUUGGAUUGCCCACUGAUGACAUCACCCUCAUCAUUGCAGUGGACUGGGCACUGGACAGAUUCCGAACGAUGGUAAAUGUAAUGGGGGAUGCUUUGGCCACAGGCAUCAUGGCACACAUCUGCAGGAAAGAUUUCAUGAAAGAGGGAGAUGGGGUACCUCUGGUCUGUGAGGCUAAAAUCCCACUGAAUCCCCCACCCACAAUGAACUGCCACAACAACAAUGGGAACGUUCGACCGCCUUCCUCAGGAGUCAAACACAAGCUCAUCCCUCCUGAUGUUGCUCGACUAAUGCAGCUUGAGGAAGGUGUUCAGCAGAUUUCAGACAAAAAGAAACCUCCCAUUCCUCCAAGAUAUCUGAAGAAGAGCAAAGAACACUGCACUAUUGACAUGAAUGGCCUUGAGACCAAUGUAUAGCCACUGAGUGCAAUUUCAUUUGAUAUUAGUGUAUUUGGACAAAUGGAUGCCCAGAAGCAAAGGAAACUUGUAACGGCAUCAAUAUUGUAUUUUAUAUCCUGCAGUACCAAAAUCUAUCUAUCUACCUAUCUGUCUAUCUAGCUAUCCAGCUAGCUAGUAAUCUGUCUGUCUAACUAGCUAGCUAGCUUGUUGUAUACUGCAGCACUGGUCAUGCCAAAAGAAAUGACAAAAAGUUGUUCUUCUAUUUAAAGGUCAGAAUUUGUGAGCAGUAGACACUGGCCAGAGUCACACCUUGGAAAACAUGGAAAAAUCGUCUGGAAAGUUUUUAUGUGGAGGAAAGGUCUGGUCCAUAUGGUUUAGUGGAGAAUAAAUUAACAUAAGUUUUUCAUAC